ACCUGACGACACUGCAAGCUUGGAUCCGCGUUUGGACAGACGACAGGCACUCGGUUUUGCGGCCGUACGAAAGGCAAUGCCUUUCGGGACGACGGCCUGGAAUUCGCUGGUUCCCCAACCACACACUUGUAGACUUGUUGAGUCGGUGGGGACGCGGCUGCUCCGCCUCUCUUGUCUGAUUCACGCGCGUUGGGUUGGGGCGCAAACCUUGGUCGGUCUGAGUACAACUCAGAUGCGAGGGCCGUCGCAGCGACACUUUGUACACCGGGUCAUUGCCAGAUUUGCUUGCGCCAAGCCAUCCAUUGAUCGAUUGCCAUGAUGUUUCCGUCCGUGGUCGCUCUUGCCGUUGCCGCGACGGCCGUGCUGUCGUACGAAGCUGUCCCCACCGAAGUCAAGGAAUGGGGAUCGCAAGACCUUUGGAUCUACUCGAGCUCGUGGUACGGCGAGCAAUGCAGCUGUAUGUGCGCCGCCUUGUGCUGGUACCCGACGCCAUACAUGAUCGACAACCUCGUCGCCGGACGUAUGUUUGCCGUGUACAACAAUGCGACCCCUCAAAUGAUGUUCCUGGAAGACGGUCGCCCGUCGGCGCCUGCCGCGGCGUCCGUGCCGUGCUCGAAAACACCGACGACGUUCUCCAAGGAAGCGAUCGACCGCGUUGGUCGUGAAGCCUUGAUGAAGUACUUCCCGUAUCAGUUUACCAAGAGCGCGACCGACAUGUGGGAUGCGACCGCGCCCAACCCUAGCGCGGUCGUGCCCAUCUUCGACCAGCCGUGCGCGGGGGCGUUGGAAGCGGACUAUUUGAAUUCCGCAGUGCAGAUCACCAAGUACAUUGGCACCCCUCGUGCCAUCACGGACAACAUUGGCAAGGUUGUGAAGAAGAAGGUGAUUGUCGACGCAUUCGCCGCUCUUGGACUGGACGCGAUCCUACAGUGCCGCGGAGAUGCUCUCUACGAAGUGUUCACGUGCUGGGGCAAAAACAAGCCGUUUGUGUACCAGCAACAGCCGUGGGAAGCGCAGUACGGACCGGCCACGCCGAUCAAGUGCCCCCCCGCCGUCGUCGCCACGAGCAACUGCUACAACGACACGGUGUCCAUCACCAAGUUUAAGAUUCGUAACGUCACGACCGCUUGAGAUUUGCUUGUCGGCGAGGCAACAACGAACCAUGUUAAUUGAUGUAAAGUCCAUGCAGUGUUUGAAAAUUGGCGUCGGGACAGCGUCGCAUCUAAUUUGGUCCACAACCAGCGUCGUCCACGGCACUUCGGCGAUUGCGUCGCCACAAGUGU